AGGUGGACUCCCUUCUUCCUCCCUUUCCCAUAGCAACGACGCUGCUCCCUCACUGCUCGUCGGACAGCAACAGCAACAGCAACCCGUUCACACUCGCUCCAGCCUUCUCCUCCGAUCCACUCCCGGCGACCCUUUCAGAAUCCAAAGAGUCCCGACGGUUUGUUGGCAGUUGCCCAGUCGUUCGUUCCCGUACCUUCACUCCGUUCCAUCGGCCGUUGUUGCCCGUUGUCCGUUGCUCCGUAAUCGUCAUCUUCGCUCUUGACCUUGACCUUGACCUCGAUCUUGACCACCACCGCCAUCCCGUCCUUGGAUUCCCGCGAUUCUCCGCUACGGGACCUCCCUCAACUCCACGACAGACCCUCCCCCUUGCCGUACUGCACGCCGAAACAUCCAUUCCUCAUCCAUCCGCGCCAUCGUCCCCUUCGUUCGCGACGACACGCCGGACUCCGCCAGUCCUCUCCCGCCGUACGCCAUACACAUCAAGUCGCCGCCGUCGCUUGGCCUCGACACUCCGUCCGUCGCUCGAAUCGUUCUCUCGCUACCAACCGCUACCGGAGAACAUCCAUACCUACGCACUCCCGACAGAAUCCUUAAACACACUUAUAAUCCCGCCCUCGCCGAUACGAUUCUGACCAUCUUCGACGCUCGUUCGUCCUGCUCGACUCGACCCGGUCGCCUGCCUCGUCGCCGUAGGCCAGCCCCUACAUCACCAUGUCAGGCUUUGGCGACUUCACCAACAUCUGCCACAUGGCGCCACUGCCACUGUGUGCAUCCAUCGGCCCCAUCACGGAGGUUACCAGCGGUGUUGGUAUCGAGCCGGACUGCUAUGCCCGCAACAUCGAGCUGGCAAACACCAUCAUUUUUGAAGGUGCCGCCAGCGCCAUGCACAUCGUCGCCCUCCUCAUGACCGUCGUCAUGAUCUUGCACAUCCGCGGCAAAUUCACGGCUGUUGGUCGCAAGGAAAUCCUCAUGUUCUUUUACAUUUACAUGCUCCUCAGUUUCAUCUCCCUUUGCGUUGAUGCAGGUGUCGUUCCUCCGGGCUCGGCCCCGUACCCGUACUUCGUAUCGGUGCAAAACGGCUUGACGUCGGCCUUGAUUACUUGCUUGUUGAUCAACGGUUUCGUCGGAUUUCAGUUGUACGAAGACGGCACCCUUCUUUCCGUCUGGCUGCUGCGCGUUUGUUCUCUGGCGGCUUUUGCGAUAUGCUUCUUGGUUUCGCUUGCUACCUUCAAGUCGUGGGUUGGUCUGGGACCCACCAACACCAUCGGUCUCUUCAUCGUUCUGUACUUGCUGAACGCUAUUGAGCUUUUCGUCUACGUCGCACUCCAGAUCCUCCUUGUCGUCAGGACUUUGCAGGACCGCUGGCCUCUGGGCGACAUCGCCUUUGGCGUCUUCUUCUUCGUCGUGGGCCAGGUCAUUCUGUAUGCCGUCAGCACGCAGAUCUGCACCGCCGUCAGCCAUUACCUUGAUGGCCUCUUCUUCGCCACAAUCUGCAACCUUUUGGGCGUCAUGAUGGUGUACAAGUACUGGGACUCCAUCACCCGCGAGGACCUCGAGUUCUCCGUCGGGACAAGGAUGAACAACUGGGAGGUUAAGGAGCUGUUGCCCGAGGAGGACCGCCGAGCCACCGUGUACGCCGAAGACCCUUAUGGCCAGGCCAGCGGCUAUGACCACUCGUACUCUCCAUCGCCGGCGCCGGCGCGCUACUCUGCCCGGUACUGAUUCACACUGGGGAUUGGCUCACAGAGUUGCAUGAGAGUUUCCGGACAACAAACCAACGCAAGCGUUUGUUUCCACAGCGAUUUUUGACGACAGGCGUCCGGGUGUUACUCGCUUGCAGCAAGCGCUUUCUGUCUGGUCUGGCUGCAUCGAGGAUGACGACGAAUGGAUAACAUUGAAUCACAACUGGCGUUUGGGAGGAAAACUGUCUUUCACAGGUAGGCCGGUCUACACACACACACACACACACACUCUCUCUCUCUCUCUCUCAAACACACACAACGCUGAGAUACGACUGUUUUGGGGAGAGACUCGGUCUCGGGAUAUAUGGUUUUGGCCGGGACCCGGCUCCACUCUCGGUCUCGCUAAAUAGUGCUGGGUCUAGCAGACUAACGCUGGGUCACCGAAAGAGGAGGGUAAUAAUUUUAACGGAUGCUUACGAGCAUUCGCGGUACAUAGUUUAAUUCAUUCAUGACACAACGAAAAAGUCCAAGCC